AUGGACUUCUUUGAAAAGGCGCACAUUUCGAAGAAUGAACCUGUGAAGAAAGACACAAAGUCUGAGGAAACUGUAAAGAAGAAGCUGAAACUGAUGUUGGAAGGUUACAAGCAGAAUGACAACCAACUUAUCAUGAAGAGCGAGAACUUAAAUUUAGACCCACACCGACUUCUAGACGAUUCAAGUUCAGUAAGCGGUUUUUCGGAUUUAAAUCUAAGCAACUCGAGCAACGAGGGAGAUGUCAGCCGUGGUCAUGAGUCUCAAGAGGACAAGCCUUUAGCUGAGUUGGAACAUAGCAAAGAUGAUGAAGAAUUUAAAGAUUCAAGUGCAAGUAUAGGCAGUAGCUUGGAGAUGGACUCCAUUUCAGAAUGCAAUGAUACCUUAGAUUCAUUGUCAGAGGAUACGAGUAGUAAUACAUCAAGUGAUUAUGGCAUGUUUGGUUCUACAACAGACACAGCCACAGAGGUUGAUUUGGAAACCUCUACAGCACAGUUUGAUGCUGAUGGGGCAUUGGCCUCGAAAAUAUUACAAAGAUUAAACAAAAAAGUACCAACCAAAAAGAAGGCAAUAAAGAAAAUUCCUCCAGAAUUUAGGAUAGAUGACCAAAUGGAGACUGAUGGCCAUGAAGAUUCAGAUGCUAGUUCAACAGUUUCUUCGCCAUUUGUAUCAGUUUCUGCCACAGAAAUGUCCAAUCAGAGUUUGAAUGAUUUAUUGGGUAACUACAGACAUUCCACUGUUAGAAAUAUGCCGUCAGACAUUCAAACUAUUAACACAUCUAAUGAAACUAUGUUUCCUGUGGAAGUAAGUGAAAAUAUUGUAGUUACUGACAUAGAUAUUCAAUCAGAUAAUGAAGUUAUAGCUAAAGAUGGUGACUUUGAUUUAUCAGAUUAUUCUCCUUCUAUUGCCAAUGAAUCUGCAUUACGUGAUGACACUCUCGAUUCAGAAAUGGCACUUGAUUCUUCAUUGGAAUUUUCAGAGGAACUUGUAGAAUCUGUCAAAGUCUACUAUGCCAGAAAUUGUUGUAUAUUUGUUAUGAAACAUCCAGCGAAAUUGUACAUUCAUGGUAAAAUAAAUAUUCAAGCGCUGGGUGGUAGUUUAGAAAUUUUUGGGUAUAAGUUGAAAGAUGAAGUUUAUAAAGUGUAUGCACCGAAUUAUAAUUAUGCUCAUUGUUUAAGAACAGUUAAUAGUGAGAACUCUUACUAUGGACUUUUUGGUAAGCUGACAUCAUCAGGACUUUCAGUUUACGAAGCUGAAGAAAUUGUAACAUCCAUCGGAGCAUCAGAUGGUGUUGUCUGUAUGACAUCUCUGAAAUGCAAGCAAAUGGACUUUGUAGAAAAUAAUUUUGAAUUAACAGAUUUGUUUAGUAAAGUAAAUAGGCAAAUUGACAACUGUUUGCGUCAAGCAUCGGAGAUCCUCCGUUGCUCACUCUAUCUUACAGGACCGUGGAAGUGUUUUGAAGAAAAUGCCAGUUGGAGUCAAGCUUUUGAUAGAUCUUUCUAUGAACGAAGCAGAGGCAUUGUAUGUGGAGGGAAAGGUGUGGGUAAAUCUACAUUCCUCAGAUACAGUGUGAACCGACUGCUGAGUCAAGGGCCAGUGCUGGUCGUAGACCUGGACCCGGGGCAGGCAGAGUUCACAGUGGCUGGAAGUGUGUCAGCCACUGUGGUCACUAAGCCACUACUUGGACCUAAUUUCACUCAUCUCCAAAAACCGGACAAGAUGUUGUACUUAGGCAUGAUCAACACAAUGGACAACCCGAGACGUUACGCGGCCGCCGUCGCCGAACUCGUUACCCACUGCCGCGAACACGAGGCCUACCAGCGCAUGCCGUGGAUCGUAAACACGAUGGGAAUGUGCAACGCAAUGGGACUCAAAUUCAUUACCCACACAAUAAUGCACACACAACCCACGUUCCUACUCCAAAUAGAUUCAAAAGCCGCCAAAAAGAGAUUCCAAUGUUAUUUGAAUCCUGGCACAAUAAAGAACAUUUAUAAUGAAGAAUUCAAAAAUGAUUCUUUAUUCAAACAUGUACCGGUACCAGAAGCUCUGGAAUAUUCAUUUUUUUUGUGCGAUAGUUUGGAGGUAGUGGGGAAGAAAGACUUCUCUUUGGCGCCCAGGGAUGAAAGAUAUCUGAAUUACUUAGCGUAUUUCGGAGACCUGCUAAGGGCUCGCGAAGAGAAGGCGCUUCUAGGAAUUACGCCAUACGAGGUGAAUUUUCGCGAGCUCCAAGUCGGCUUCAACGUGCGAGUGGCGCCCGAAGCGGCCCUGAAGGUGAUCAACGGGAAAGUGGUCGCGUUGUGUCACCUGCCGCGCGGUGACGUCGCCGUGUUUACUCUCAGAGAUAAACCGCUGCUGUGCUAUGGACACGGUCUCGUCCGGGGCAUUGAUUACGAGCGCGAAAAGGUUUACAUCAUCACGCCGUGUCGACAGCUGGCCUCUGUCAACACGCUGGUGUAUGCGGACUGGGCGCCCGAGCUGCGGGGCCAGGAGCGCCACCUGCCCGAGGGCGUGGCCGUCCCCUACCGAACCACCACCACCCGCCACCAGCGGCAGCUCAUGUCUGCUCCCCGGAGGCGCUUCAACCCCCUACAGCUAUUGAAAAUGUCAAGGAGUUCCUAAUUGAAACAGUCAAUGAUUAGUUAAUAAAUUUGUAAUUGGAAUAGAUCCAAAAUAUCUUAAAUUAUAAAAGGAAGUCUAAUAUUAUGUUAAUUAAUGUAUAUUUCAAGAUAAUUUUGUACUUACAAUACUAAUAAACAUAACAUAGAUGAUU